UAUAUGUUUUUCACAGAUCACUGAGUAUCCCUCGCCCAAAGGCUGAAACUCUUGCUAGGCAUUCUAUAUUGGGUCCAAAUGGGCUUCGUGGACAGUGGCAACCUCCUAGUAGUAAUUAUAAGGUACAAUAUCCAAGCAAUUUAGACUUGACUCCCUUUCAGGCCCCAAGCUGUCUUGAGCAGCCUUUUGGGACUACGAUGAGAAAGGAUGAUGACAACUUGGAGCGAGAAAGAUUCACUUUGGAAUCUGUAGUUCUGCCAGCAAAAGAAAAUCAAACGUUUCAGACUCAAGAAAUUGAUUCUCUGAUUUCUUUUGAAACUGUUGACAGCCUUCCUCAAGAAGAAAUUAUUAAACAACCUGAACCACCUCCUGUCCUAGCAGAUGUACAGGAUCUGAUCCCGAGAUCAACUCCAGAUCUGGUUUCUUUUGAAACUAUUGAUUGCCUUCCUCUUGAAGAAAUUAUUAGACAACCUGAACCACCUCCUGUCCUAGCAGAUGUACAGGAUCUGGUCCCGAGAUCAACUCCAGCUACCGAAAGAGAAUGUAUGAUGGAAAAGUCUUCCAGUGAUGGUUUAAAUUGCUCCGAAGAUCCGCUACAAUUGCACAUUUCUACACAACUGAUGGAAUGUUUCAUGAAGCUAGCCAAGUCAAACACAGAUAAAAAUCUUGAAACUUGUGGCGUUCUUGCAGGUUCCCUUGUGAGUAUCACUUAUUUCAAAACAUGCUUGAUAUUCAGUGUUAUUAUUGCUGUUGUG